GAGAAGAGCAACAUUGAAAAAUCGUCAUUUAAGCUCCGGUUAAUGCCGCGUACAAGUUUCCCUCUUUCUCCAAAUUUCAUCUCAAAUGUGAGAUAUAAACAUUUUAAAAAAACUCGUGGUACUUUAGAAUUUUUACCACAAAAAGAGAAAGAAAAAAAAGACAAACAAAGAAAAAAAAAGGUGCGCGAAAAUUCGGAGAAUUAAAAGAAAUUUUUUUUUUUGCUUUAAUAGAGCAAUGUCCUUAAGCAACAAUACAAAUCCCAAAGUUUUGUUGCCUGAUGAACAAUCAAUUAAAACUGAAUAUAUAGUGGCAGGUGUAUUGCUCGCUACUAUUGGAUUUUUUGGAUUUUUUCUCAACUUACUCGUCAUUGUUGUCAUUAUUAAAGAUGCAAGAAAUCUUUGGACACCUGUUAAUGUCGUUCUUCUUAAUAUGGUGGUUGGAGAUUUUUUAGUAUCUAUUUUGGGAAAUCCACUGGCACUAACUUCAGCUCUAAAUGGCGGAUGGUAUUGGCAUCAUCAUAUCUGCAUUUGGUAUGCGUGGCUCAUGUCUACACUUGGUUUGGCGAGUAUAGGAAAUUUAACAGUUAUGGCAAUAGAAAGGUGGAUGCUAAUUACGAGACCGAUGAAAGCUUUUUCAAUAAGACAAGCCAUUCUCUGGUCACUGUUUGUGUGGAUUUAUGCUUUAUCUCUAUCACUGCCACCGGUAUUUGGCUGGGGAAGUUAUGGACCAGAAGCUGAAAAUAUAUCUUGUAGUGUGUCUUGGGAAACACACAAUCCUGAAACAUACAUUGGGAGUUACAUAGCAUAUCUUUUCCUAUUUGGUUUAAUUAUUCCCGUUGUUGUAAUUGGAUCAAGUUACGGUUCUAUUAUUCUUACAUUAAGGAAUGUAAAGAGAAGAAUUGUUAUUAUUGUAAUUUUAGGGUCGAGACGAAGACAGGAGAACAAAGUCACAAAAAUGGUGGCUCUAAUGAUUUUUGCUUUUAUGAUUGCUUGGACUCCAUAUUCCAUUGCUGCUCUUGGAGCACAAUAUUUUGAUAUGAAACUUUCACCCGAGGCAGCAAUGGUGCCAGCAAUCUUAGCAAAAUCAUCGAUUUGCUAUAAUCCAAUUAUUUAUGCAGGUUUAAAUAAGCAAUUUGUAUUAUCAAUGAAAACCAUGUUUGGAAUACAAGAUUCAAGAAGAAAUAUGAGAGGAAUCGACAGUACAAGAGGAGUUGAAAGUGUAACUGCAUUAAGUGUAGUGAAACAUGAAAAUAAAUUAAUAAUUUUUGAAAAUAAAACAAAUCAAAACGAACAACAACAAAAAGACAUUCAACUAUAAUAAUAAACAAUUUUUUUUAUAAAUAAAAAGUGUUACUUGUGACCAAAGAAAAAAUACGAAAAAAAAAGUGUUUGCAUGUUGAAUGUAUUUUUAAGAAACAAAUAUAAUAAAAAAAAAGAAUUUCUCUUUU